UUCUAUCUGUAACACUUCCACCUCAAUCUCCUCCCUACACCAACCACCAUCUGCCACCACCUUCUGCCACCAUGCCUGAGGCUCCAAAGCUCCCACAUGACCUUUCCAACCCCAUGAAUGAUUACUCUCUAACCCAGAAAAACAAAAACAAACUUCAAUUCAUUGAAGAUGUUACCUCAAACCCGGACCAAGUCCAGCAACGAGUACUCUCCGAAAUCCUUACACAAAAUGCCGCGGUUGAAUACCUCAACCGCCAUGGUCUAUCCGGUCCCACUGACCGCGAUAUGUUUAAGAAAUUGAUUCCGGUCAUCACUUAUGAUGACCUUCAACCCGACAUCACUCGUAUCGCCAAUGGCGAUAAAUCCCAUAUCCUAUCGUCCCGUCCCAUUUCGGAAUUUUUAACAAGUUCCGGGACAUCCGGAGGAGAAAGGAAGCUGAUGCCAACGACCGAAGACGAGCUCGAACGAAGGUCAUUACUCUACAGUCUUCUAAUGCCGGUAAUGAGCCAGUUUGUGCCCGGGUUAGAUAAAGGCAAAGGGAUGUAUUUCCUGUUCAUCAAAUCCGAAUCCAAGACCCCGGGCGGGCUAGUGGCCCGACCCGUUUUAACCAGUUACUACAAAAGUUCCCAUUUUAAACAAAGACCAUACGACCCGUAUACAAACUAUACGAGCCCGAAUGAAACCAUCCUCUGCCCUGACUCCUACCAAAGCAUGUAUUCCCAGAUGCUUUGUGGGCUUUGUUUGAACAAAGAAGUGCUUCGGGUCGGGGCGGUUUUUGCCUCCGGGUUUAUCCGGGCCAUCCGGUUUUUGGAGAAAAACUGGAGUGACUUAUGUCAUGAUAUUCGAACCGGGGUUUUGAACCCGGUUGUUACGGAUCCUUCGGUUAGGGAGGCUGUGAUGCGGGUGUUGAAACCCGACCCGAAGCUAGCGGAUUUUAUCGAGUUUGAAUGCUCGAAAAAAUCGUGGCAGGGGAUUAUUACAAGGGUAUGGCCUAACACGAAGUAUAUUGAUGUGAUUGUUACGGGUACUAUGUCACAAUAUAUACCUACCCUUGAUUAUUAUGGUAACGGACUCCCUCUUGUUUGUACAAUGUACGCGUCGUCCGAAUGUUAUUUCGGGGUUAACUUGAACCCGUUGUGUAAACCGAGUGAGGUUUCGUACACGCUUAUUCCGACGAUGGGGUAUUUUGAGUUUCUUCCGGUUCAUCGAAACAAUGGGGUCACGAGUUCGAUAUCCAUGCCUAAAUCGCUCAAUGAGAAGGAGCAGCAGGAGUUGGUAGAUCUUGCGGAUGUUAAACUCGGUCAGGAAUACGAGCUUGUUGUCACUACUUACGCGGGACUUUACAGGUAUCGAGUUGGUGACGUGUUGAGAGUCGCGGGGUUCAAGAAUAAAGCCCCUCAGUUUAACUUUAUCUGUCGAAAGAAUGUGGCGUUGAGUAUCGAUUCGGAUAAAACCGAUGAGGUCGAGUUGCACAAAGCAGUCGAGAACGCGGUCACCCAUUUGAUGCCAUUUGAUGUGACAUUGACCGAGUACACGAGCUUUGCAGACACCACAACCAUACCGGGCCACUAUGUGAUCUUUUGGGAGCUGAGCCUAAACGAGGCCACUCCAAUCCCCCCAUCGGUUUUCGAAGAUUGUUGUCUUGCAAUCGAAGAAUCACUUAACAGUGUUUACCGACAAGGGAGGGCUUCGGACAAAUCAAUCGGCCCGUUAGAGAUCAAGAUUGUGGAAAACGGGACGUUUGAUAAGCUAAUGGACUACGCGAUCAGUUUAGGUGCAUCGAUCAACCAGUACAAGACCCCACGGUGCGUGAAGUUUGCACCGAUUGUGGAACUGUUGAACUCGCGGGUUGUGUCGAACUACUUUAGCCCCAAGUGCCCGAAAUGGGUUCCGGGGCACAAGCAGUGGGGCAACGUGAAUUAGUGAAAUUAAAAUUUAGUUAGAAAAAUGAAGGGCAACCAUGAUCAUGUGUCAUGUUACUUUGGUCGUUUGUUGUUGGAUUAGGCAAUGUACAUUAAAAACAGUUUGAUGUUUCAUGGAAAGUUCAUAAAACUCUAUUGACUUUUGUGUUUUGAUCUUAAUUCUUAAAUGUUAAAUCCAACCUAGAGCUUGUUUUUUA